AUGGAUCACGUGUGCGUACAUUGCAGUGCCUUUAAAUUUAAGAAUGAAACGCCGGGUAUGUGCUGCGCUGGUGGCAAAGUUAAAUUGCCAGUAUUACAUUCACCACCCGAACCAUUAUCAUCAUUGGUAGCAGGUGACACAAGCCAGUCGAAACAUUUCUUGGCCAACAUUCGCAAAUACAAUUCGUGUUUCCAGAUGACAUCAUUCGGUGCAACGAAUAUUGUGCGCGAGAAUUACAUGCCGACAUUUAAAGUGCAAGGCCAGAUUUAUCAUCGUGCUGGCUCCUUACUACCACUGCCCGACGCAGAUUACAAAUUUCUUCAGAUUUAUUUCAUGGGGAACAUUGAUCAACAAAUUAAUCAACGUUGUCGAUUCAAUAAGGGGACACAACGAGACAUAGUUGCUGCUUUACAAAAUUUAUUUGAUCAACACAACAAAUUAAUUAGAUUGUUCAGAACUGCUCUUCAACAAAUGCCAGCUGAUGACUACAGAGUUGUACUCAGAGCUGACAAAACACCAGUUGGCCAACAUGAAAGACAGUACAAUGCACCAACAAUUGAUGAAGUGGCAAAUGUUAUGGUUGGCGAAGAAUUCAACUCGCGUGACAUAAUUCUUCAUCGCAGAAAUGGUGAUGUUCAGCGAGUCUCAGAAACUCAUCGCUCAUAUGACGGAUUGCAAUAUCCAGUUUUAUUUUGGCAAGGAGAAGAUGGAUAUCAUUUCAACAUCAAAUUGAGAAAUCCACAAACACAUGAGGAGAUGAUUAAGAAAGUCAGUGCCAUGAAUUAUUAUUCAUAUCGAUUGAUGGUUCGUGAAUACGCUAACAAUCAGUGGCUCAGUGAACGUGCUAUCUUAGCAGCUAAAAACAAGGAUGUGUAUGCCAUGAAUCUGAACAUUCAAGACAAAUUACCUGGCGAUGUGACAACGUAUAUGUCUAUCGAUACUGUCAUGAAUCAGGACGAAGUUGUUAAUUAUCCAACUGAGUUCUUAAAUUCACUUGAUAUGCCAGGCAUGCCACCCCACGUUUUAACCUUGAAAAUUGGCGUGUCCAUCAUUCUUCUCAGAAACAUCAAUCCGCCACGUCUUUGCAAUGGUACCAGGCUUUCAGUGAAAAAGCUGAUGCUCAAUAUCAUCGAAGACAUGCCAUUUGAAUUCAGACGCUUGCAGUUUCCGGUGCGACUCGCCUUUGCAAUGACCAUAAACAAAUCACAGGGACAAUCCCUACAAGUGUGUGGACUACAUUUGGAACAUCCGUGCUUUUCACAUGGACAUCUAUAU